CCCUCGCCCAGCCGCCGUCCCUCCCUCGCGCUCCGGUCCCCGGGGUGCGCCCCAGCGCCGGCGGCAUGGGCCCGGGACUGGGUAAUGGGUGGCCUCCCAGGUCGCCGCCUUCCCGCGCGGCCCCGCGCACCGCCCCGCCCCCGGCCCGCCCCACGGCGGGCUAUAAGUUGGCGCGCGCUCCGCCUCGGCAGUGUCCGCAGCCAGGGGUUGCACUUGGAGGGUCCCGCCGCCAGUGGAAGGAGCCACCGCCCCCGCCCAACCAUGGCCGAGGAGCUGAUCUUGGAGAGGUGCGAUCUGGAGCUGGAGUCCAAUGGCCGAGACCACCACACGGCCGACCUGUGCCGGGAGAAGCUGGUGGUGCGACGGGGCCAGCCCUUCCGGCUGACCCUGCACUUUGAGGGCCGCAACUAUGAGGCCAGUGUAGACAGUCUCACCUUCAGUGUCGUGACUGGCCCAGCACCCAGCAAAGAGGCCGGGACCAAGGCCCGGUUUCCACUGCAAGACGCUGCAGAGGAGGGUGGCUGGACGGCCGCCGUGGUGGACCGGCAGGACUGCGCCCUCUCGCUGCAGCUCACCGCCCCCGCCGACGCCCCCAUCGGCCUGUAUCGCCUCAGCCUGGAGGCCGCCACCGGCUACCAGGGCUCCAGCUUCGUCCUGGGCCACUUCACCCUGCUCUUCAACGCCUGGUGCCCAGUGGACGCUGUGUACCUGGACUCGGAAGAGGAGCGACAGGAGUACGUCCUCACCCAGCAGGGCUUCAUCUACCAGGGCUCGGCCAAGUUCAUCAAGAGUGUACCUUGGAACUUUGGGCAGUUUGAAGAUGGGAUCCUGGACAUCUGCCUGAUGCUUCUGGAUGUCAACCCCAAGUUUAUGAAAGACGCUGGCCGCGACUGCUCCCGCCGCAGCAGCCCCAUCUACAUAGGCCGGGUGGUGAGCGGCAUGGUCAAUUGCAACGAUGACCAGGGUGUGCUGUUGGGACGCUGGGACAACAGCUACGGCGAUGGCGUCAGCCCCAUGUUCUGGAUCGGAAGCGUGGCCAUCCUGCGGCGCUGGAGGAACCACGGCUGCCAGCGCGUCAAGUACGGCCAGUGCUGGGUCUUCGCUGCCGUGGCCUGCACAGUGCUGCGGUGCCUGGGCAUCCCCACCCGCGUCGUGACCAACUACAACUCGGCCCAUGACCAGAACAGCAACCUUCUCAUCGAGUACUUCCGCAAUGAGUUUGGGGAGAUCCAGGGUGACAAGAGCGAGAUGAUAUGGAACUUCCACUGCUGGGUGGAGUCGUGGAUGACCAGGCCGGACCUGCAGCCGGGGUACGAGGGCUGGCAGGCCCUGGACCCAACGCCCCAGGAGAAGAGCGAAGGGACGUACUGCUGUGGCCCAGUUCCAGUUCGGGCCAUCAAGGAGGGCGACCUGAGCACCAAGUACGAUGCGCCUUUUGUCUUUGCGGAGGUCAAUGCCGAUGUGGUGGACUGGAUCCAGCAGGACGAUGGGUCCAUGCGCAAAUCCGUCAACCGUUCCCUGGUCGUCGGAAUGAAGAUCAGCACUAAGAGCGUGGGCCGUGACGAUCGGGAGGACAUCACCCACACCUACAAAUACCCAGAGGGGUCCUCAGAGGAGAGGGAGGCCUUCACAAGGGCCAACCACCUGAACAAACUGGCUGAGAAGGAGGAGGCGGGGAUGGCCAUGCGGAUCCGCGUGGGCCAGAGCAUGAACAUGGGCAGUGACUUUGAUGUCUUUGCCUACAUCACGAACAACACCGCAGAGGAGCAUGCCUGCCGCCUCCUGCUCUGUGCUCGCACUGUCAGCUACAACGGGGUCUUGGGGCCUGAGUGUGGCACCAAGGACCUCCUCAACCUCACCCUGGAGCCCUUCUCUGAGAAGAGCAUUCCUCUUCGCAUCCUCUAUGAGAAGUACUGUGACUGCCUCACGGAGUCCAACCUCAUCAAGGUGCGGGGCCUGCUCGUGGAGCCAGCUGCCAACAGCUACCUGCUGGCGGAGAGGGACCUCUACCUGGAGAAUCCAGAGAUCAAGAUCCGGAUCCUCGGGGAGCCCAAACAGAAACGCAAGUUGGUGGCUGAGGUGUCCCUGCGGAACCCGCUCACUGUGUCCCUGGCAGGCUGCAUCUUCACUGUGGAGGGGGCCGGCCUGACCGAGGAGCAGAAGACGGUGGAGAUCCCAGACCCCGUGGAGCCAGGGGAGGAAGUCAAGGUGAGAGUGGACCUGCUGCCGCUCCAUGUGGGCCGCCACAAGCUGGUGGUGGACUUCGAGAGCGACAAGCUGAAGGCUGUGAAGGGCUUCCGGAAUGUGAUCAUUGGCCCCGCCUAAGGGACCCCUGUGCCCAGCCCCACGUCAGCCUGCUGAGAGCACCCACCUUGAUCCCAAUCUUUAUCCCACGCUAAUGAGCAACAUAUGUCCCUUCUUGGGCCCCAGACCCCAGAGCAAGGUGAGCAGCCUGUGGGGGCUCUUAGGGAUUGAAUGUGCUCCUGGCCCAUCUAAGCCCCCUGAGCCUGUGGGUCCCCACCCACCCCCUUAGCUGUGAGGAAUGCUCUGUGCCAGAAACAGUGGGAGCCCUGACCUGGGCUGACUGGGACUGGGGUGAGAGAGGAAAGACCCACAUUCCCUAUCCUGCCCAGAUGCCCUUUGGAAAGCCAUUGGCUGCCCGCCAUAUUGUUUGAUCUACUCCAUAGCCCCUUAAAGUGGCCAAAAAGGGGUAGCGUACCCCUUGGCUGGAUCAGGGAAUCCAGCUCCCUAGACUGCAUCCUAUACCUCUUCCCCUGACUGCACCCAGCCCCAGGGGCCCUUGGGACAGCCAGAGCUGGGUGGGGACAGUGAUAGGCCCAAGGUCCCCUCCACAUCCCAGCAGCCCCAGCUUAAUAGCCCUUCCCCUCAACCUCACCGUUGUGAAGCACCUACUAUGUGCUGGGUGCCUUCUACACCUGCUGGGGCUCAUGGGGCCGCCAACAAAUUUAAUCACCAUGGGAAACUGUUGUGGGAGCUGCUUCCAGGAUGAGGAGACUGAGGCUUGGAGAGGGGAGGCGGCCCCCUCCGCACCAGUGGCCUCGUGAUUAUUAGCAAGGCUGGGUAAUGUGAAGGCCCAAGAACAGAGUCAGGGCCUCUGACUCUGAGUCCACUGCUCCACUGAUAACCGUAGCCCGACCUGAAACUGCCAGAGAGGCUAUCCGGGACCUGAGGAAAAAAAAAGCAAAAAAGGCUCAGUUGAGACAAGAAGGUGGGGAGGGAACUGGGGAACUGGGAGUCAGAGCCCUGGGCUGGGUUCAGGCCCCAUGUCUGGCCAGGCACUGCCUUCCCCUCUCCAGGCCUCGGUUUCCUCCUUGGUCAGAGGAGUGAUUAAACCAGCUCAUCUCCAGGGGUCCUCUCCGCUCCAUGCUUGCAAUGCUUUUGUAUGGCACAGCCUUGUAUAAAUAACCACAAGGUCCGUUCCUGCUCCACAAAGGCUUAGCGCACGGGCCCAGGAUGUUUCUGAGAGUGAAACCAUGACUGUGACCACCUUCUGUCCUCAGACGUGUCCUGGUCCCCUCCUGUGCCUGGGUACCACCCUUCAGAUCCUAGUUCUAGGGGAGAAGAGUCCUGGACACCCCCGCCCUACCCAUGAGCUUGCCCGCUGCAAUGCCUAGGCUUCCCAAGAGCCUUCGCUGCCAGUGCUGGCCACUAACCAACAAGGCUGGCACCCAGCUGCCCCUUCUUUGCAGGGCUAGGGCCCCCAAACACAGCCCCUGCCCCUGAGGAAGCUGGGGAGCCCAUGAGUUGUCAGCUUUGAUUUUACCUCCAGCUCUUUCUACAUGAGUGGGCCUCCCUCAGGCUGGAAGAAGGGGGGGUUUCUAUUGGAUGUGAGGUCACAGCCUCCAGGGCCCUCCAAAUCCUGGAGAAGGGCUUGGAGAGAAUCACGCUGUUGCAUUUAAACUUUCUGCUUUGCACAGGGAAGAGUCACACCAUGAAUCAACAUGUAGAUUUUCUCUAUCCAUAGAGCCGUAUUUCUCUACAGUUUUAUAAAAGCUUUUAGGUUCCAAGCAGGCAGCAGAUGCGCUUCUGGACCGCAAGGAGCAAACACUGAAAUAAAAUAGUUUAUUUUUCACAUUCAAA